AUGCCUGCCCCAACCUUUCAGGCGAUCAACGUCGAGCCCGAAGAGAACGUCGACGAGGAAAUCGAUACCACCAAGCAAAUUCAAGUCGACGAUGCCUUGAAACUAUUCCAGAACGCCCUCAAGCUCCACUCCCAGGGCCCCCGAUUCUUUGACGAAGCCUCCGACGCCUACAAUGCCCUUUUCGAGUCCGAGAUAUUCAGAUACCCCGAGAGCAAGACCGAGUAUGAACGCACCGAAGAGCGACCAGAUGGCACGCUUGUCAUCGAACCCACCCUUGCCCAGGGGCUGGAGGUUGGCGCUGCCGAUGUAGAUGGAAUUGCCAGCACUCUACCGCAAACUUUAUACCUAUCUUUCAAGAACCACGGCCAAUUCAUCGUCGAUCGGAUAAAACACAAGGCACGGGCCAGUAAGCAGGGUAGCGAGUUCGAUUACGAGGAUCCCGCCAUUCAAAAUGAUGCCAGGAAAGCCUUGGACGAGUUCAGCGCUGCCCUCGACUAUGACCCCUCCGAUGCCGACUUGUGGAGGAAGACUGCGAGGGUUGCCGCUUUUCUCAAGAGCGCAAGGCUUAGUCGGUACAGUCUGGAGGCGGCUGUGGAAUUGGACGAUGACCCCGCUGUUACCGAUUUUGAGCCGCCAUCGCUCGCCGAAGGAUUCGCCGGUGAACAGCUAAAACGACAACUCGAGGUCCUGGACGACAAGAUGGCCCUAAGUCACCCUAUAAUGAAGGCAUUCCGUGAAAAAAGUCUCCCCAAGUUCUUGGAGCGUUACAUCGAUCCGAUACCAUCCCUCCCGGAUUACACAAAAGCUAUAGCUGCCCCACGACCGGACUCCGACGAGGUCAGCCAACCUCGUCCUGUCGUGGCCCUCCCGAGCUACUCCUGGACUGAACUUGGUAUUGCGUUGGUUCACUUCGUUGCAGAGCAUGGCUUUUCUGGCCAAGCUAUCACUAUCCGACUACCAGAAGGGAUCGUUGAAGACGAAGAUGUUCAAAUGGAGAUUGAUAAACAGCUGCAGCCCCCUGAAGACAACAUACAGGAGGAGACGGUGGCUGAGGCCAUUGUGGUCGAGAAGUCUAAGGCACAGGACACUGAAGAAGCCGAAUCCAGGGUUAGAGAGACCAGAGUUACUAUUAUUGAAGAACCCAAAGAAACGGAUCAGCCCCAAAAGGACCGUACAUCGUUGCCAACAAGGAAACGUUCGCAAUCUGCCGCUGGCAUACCAGAUCCAGCAGAUGAGGAGAAAGGCGAGACCAAGAGGAGCAAAAGGACAAGGCGAAGGGACACUGCACCGGAGGAGGCCAUGGACCCUGCCACGCUACUGGCCACUCAGCUUCAGCCCUUCCAAGCCGCCGACCAGAACCUCUUUCAGAUGACCAAAAAUCUGCUAGAAAAUUUGGGCGUGACAGACCGCGAUACUCUGGACAGGAUAACCGAGAUCCUGGAUUCCUGCGCUUCUGAUGAUCGAACGAGUAAGAUCCAAAAUCCGGCAACAACUGACCUACGUGAGGCGAUACUUCAUUUCGACGAAGAAACGGCAAGCAUUCUGCUGGACGGCAGGGAAAGCCCACCACUCAGCCUGUCUGCUUUUCUAGAACACUCAAAAUCACCAGCCCAAAGGGCUGUUGAACCGCCCCAGUUCGACGACGUGCGGAAUAUUCGUGGUUUCGUUACGAGAAUGAACUCGGGCUGGAACACAAUUCAGGAUGUCGUCUAUGAGUACAUUAAGGCUCUUUCAGAGGGCUACUCGACAGAGAAAUGGUCGGAUCAGAUGAAGGUUGCCGUUGUCCAAGUCAUCAGCCGUUUGGACGAAGGAAUCCACCAACUGGUUGUUUACGACCUUGAGCAAUGGCAGUUGAGCGAUGAAAGCAAGCGCCAGCCUCUUACAAACAUUGCCCGUCUGGUUCUCAUGCUUUUCGAGUUACACUUGGAUGUGUAUGAGCGGAUCACGAACCCUAACAGCGUCGUGGACCUAACUACGCGGACUAGAGCGAGGAUAAGAUUGGGGAGGUGGUGGGAUCUAGCUACGGAAGCUAGCCGGCGGCGCCAUCUCGACACCGAUGAUGAUCUAACACUUCGCUUCCUCUGGGCAGCUGUGGUCUACAUUACAGUUAGUGAAGGUGUACCCCGUGAACACAUCCUUAAUUGCUGGCACAGUCUGCGCGAUCACCUUGCGACAACUUCGGUUCCCGAUAUCGUUCUUCCAAACAACGCCGUGAUGCCGGAGAUUUCGGUGGCUGCUGCUGAUCGCGAAGUUAGCAAGCUCACAACCAUGGAGUUCUUCCUGGGCCUUUUCCAAGAGGAUCAGAGCGAUCCCGUCUCUGUUAUCGAAACUUUGGAACCUGUGCUAAAUCCUGAUUCAGUAUGCAUCAACAGCUCGUCUGCUUCGGACCCUGCUGAAGACGCAAUGGACGAAGACACCGAGACUGCCGGACACGUGAAGUCCAUUAAAGAUUGCGCCAGCCAAGGAUUGCAAGACCUGUGGAACUUCAUCGAAAAGAGCAGCACUGAUCUCCGGUUGCUGCUCUGGUCGAGGCUCGGCGACGCCUACGGUAAAAUCAAGUAUACCACAAAGCAGUUCUCGUGCUUCCUACGGAGUAUCGAAACUAUUGUGCAUGAUUUUGAGCGGGAUGAUUACGUCAACACACCACAGGCAGCUCGCAAGGAGUUGUUCAUGACAAUGCUCAAGGCUCUAGAUGACCAGAUCAUUCAGGCGUUGCAUCUGGCGCUGAAUCACAACAAUUCGUUCGAUAUCAUUGAUGAGGAGCACAUCAAGACUACAUCAGCCGCUCUCGCCAAGGUCAGCUGUCUUCUCCACGUUGCUGCAAUGUACGAGGAUGAGGGCAGUGUAGGAAUAAUUCAACCACCGGCAAGCGGAUCUCCAGCUGCAACAUUUCUCAACAGACUUAGGGAGAUGCAAGUGAGAACAUGGUCAUUGCAAUACGCUGUUAUGAAGACGGGAAUAAUUCUUCACCCCGACAUUUUCCCGACGCCCGAGAACGAUCUGGCUGAUUAUCUGGCCGCCGUACACCAGGUCCUUGGUCUAAGGAAAUACUGCAGGUCUUCCAAUAAGAUCUUCCUCAAGAUGAUGCGGGUCGAACUCUUGAAGUUGAAGAAUAUCGAGAACUGGGAGGACUAUCUCGGCCAAGUCCUCUAUGACCUUCAUGGCCUCAAGCUAGGAGUAGGCAUCUGGGACGUCCAGGAGCACGAUUGCCCACCUGAGAAGCUCGAGAAGCGUCAGGCAUUGGCAAUGGUGGAAAAGAUCAGCUUGCUUGCCCACCGCAUGACAAUGAAGGACUUGUUGAAGUCGGACCUCAAAAACACCGUCGAGUCGAUGCAGCAAGCUAUUGGCUCUGCUAAGUCAACAGCUCAGAUGAUGCACAAUCACCGCAACUUCAACGAAUAUCUGAAGACGCCGAUUCACCCCUUGCAUUUGUACAAGGCUCUUACCGGCAAUGUCGACCUAGAUGCAGUCACUAUCAACACACCGGAUAGCGCACCCGCAAAGCACGGCUGGUUCUUCUUGCUGGGAAUGAUUGCCCUUACCAAAUUCAAGGGUGUAGACCUCAACCGUCGCCAGACUCCAGGUGCUCUGGAUGAUUUACGCAUCGCAGUCACGUUCUUGCGAUUGCAGCUCCAGUACACACCAGACAGAUGGGAUGCCUGGUUCCGUCUUGCCGAAUGUUUCGACUAUGAGUUGGAUGAUAUGGUCCUGUGGACCGCCGACAAGAUGAACAAGGACCGGGCGGAUCUUGUCAAGUUCCAGCGCCAGUCGAUUCAUUGUUACACUCUCGCGUUAUCGCAUUCGUAUGCUUCGACUUCAGAUUCCAACGCGUAUACAAUGUCGGAAGGAGAUACCGAGGCGCUCUAUGACCUGUACCACGAGUUUGGCAUGCGAAUGUAUGCAUCGAGCCGCGAGCCAUUUGCCAUGGAGCCCUUUAUGCAUUCGGACCAGCACCGGUUUUUCAUCGAGACUUCGGGCAAUGGUACGUACAAAGAGAUAUUGCACAAUCAGAUGUCGGACUACCAAGUUUGGAAGUUCGCCGCGAGCUUGUUCCGAAAAGCCAUGGCUGGCAAGCCCAAGGACUGGAAGAAUCCAUACAUGAUAGCGAAGUGUUUAUGGAAGAUGUACCAGAAGCCGGUGGAGGAGCUCGACGAGAAGAACCGGCGCGGUCGGCCAUCGGUUCAAGCGGUCAUCAAGGCUUUGGAGAAGACUGUCGAGGUUGUCCGGGCACUACCCAAACCUCGGCACGGCCAGGACCCGAUCCUUGAGCCGCACUAUAAGAUCCUGUCUGUCAUCAAUAAGCUGGUUACCCGAGGCGACCUCCCUCGCCAGGAAGCCGCAGACAUUCUGCAGCGACAGCCUUUCGCCCCUGGCCGCGGUGAACAGGUUACGCUAGAAAACCACGAGGACUGGCAUGAGUAUAUGCUCAGGUACAUGCGUCACUUGAGGGAUAAGGACAAGUCAAACUGGCAGCAUCGUAUGAUCAUUCGUCAUGCUCGUCUCUUGUUCGAUGGAGACGAGAUUGAAGACGAGGAAGAUGAGGCAAAGAAAGAGGCAAGCAGGGAGGCUGCUUCCAAGGCUUUUGCUGUUCUGCGCGAGAACAUGUUCACCAAGACGAUGGUGAUGAACGUCUGGAAGUGUGAUGCUGAACGCCCCGGUCGUCAUCAUGUCUACACGGAGCAAUACAUCAGGUACAUGGCCCGGCUGUUGGCUGUCAUGAACGACAGAGCCAAUCUUGAGGCCGUACUGCGACGCAUUCGGAAGAAGGGCGUCGACUUUUAUCAUUUCAACGAGCUUUGGCAACACGGUGUGCAGAUUUACCUCAAGAUGAUCCGCAAGGCCUUCGACAUCCCAGCAAACGAUGAGGAUCCUUUUAAGAACGUUGCACCAGAGGACUUUGAGACCGUGGCUGAGAAGAUGCUGGAAUGGGUCAUCACGCCAGAAGCUGAGAACCAUGCCGCCCUGAACGCCAUGAAGGAAGCCAUUGAGCUCAAGAAACUGAACGCCAAUUUGAUGAAAGCUGGACCGAUCGAUGACUUAAUCAAUGAUUGCUACUCGAUCAUUCACCAUGAGUUGCUUCCUGAGCGGGCUGCUUCAGAGGCACCGCCUGGCGGGGAAGAGAAUGGCCGGACUGCUGACGGAGAGUCGCCCAAGAAGCCGGCAGAAGGAGAAGAACCCAAAUUCAUGACCCUCAGCAUUCUGCCGGCUCUUCAAGAGAGAGAUCGUGCUGCUGCUGCUUCAGGCUCUCUGCGGGCCCCGUCCGAGCAACCCGAUAAGAUGUCAGAAAAGCAACUAUCCUUCAAUGGGGACGCCACUCACCGCGGUCGCAAGCUUGGCGUUCGGAGACCCGAUGUCCUACGCAAGGCCGAACAAGCCGUCUUGAGGGCCGCAGAGGGUCCACCGAAACCUUUGUCUACUAGAGGAAUUUCAUCACGAAAAGGCUCCGCAUCUAGCGGUAGCGGAAGGAAGGGUCAAGCAACCCGUGAUGAUGGGGCUGGCAGUGAUAACGAAGAGACAGAUGAAGAUGUUACUCGCCAUAAUGACGAAGAUAUCGAGAUGAAAGACGCCGAUGAUGAAGAUGACAACCGCCCCUGCAGUCGUCGCAGCAGAAGAGGUGGACAUAACGAUACCCACAUGGCCGACGACGAGCACGAAGAAGAAGAAGCAAUGUCCUCUCCUCCCGGUAGCGUCCACGAUUCGGCCGACGAUGAAAGCGAUCUCAGUGAUGUGCCGGCGGACUACGAGGACGAUAUCCCGCCGUCGCUACUAUUCCCUAACCUCAGACGCAGCGUCGAUGUCACUGCUGCCGUCGGUGCUGCUGCCGGGUCCGCCACGACCCCUAUUACUCCUGGCAGACCUACGAUAUACAGUUCGAGCUCAGAAUCAGGCAGUGAUAACGCUGAUGAGAAUAGAAAAUCUGUAGAGCCAAAGCGGACGCCAAGAAAGCCGAGCUGGCAUAAGAACCAGGUAGCCAGAGCUGCUCAGCAUGAGCAUAAUCAGCAGCGGCCAGGAAGCAGCAGCAGCAUUGACCAUCAUAAGCUUGCGACAGAGGGUGGCUCGAUAGGACCCAUGAGAUGGGGGUUGAAGACGAGCUCAGGCAGACCUCACAAUGGGAGUGGUGCUAGCGCUUCGGCUGUUGUGCAUGAAGUUCCGGAGACGGAGGAUGUUGAAGACGAGGAGGAGGAGGAGGAGGAGGAGGGGUGA